UAGUAUGGUGACAACAUUUCUGUGAAUAUACCAGAGUUAGCCAGAAUUGACGGGAGACUGCACAUGCGGAUUACAAUGACUCAUGCAGUUAAAAACACACUAUCUUCAAUAUUUCACAAACAUCUACAUAUCUGUUUUUCUUGUCACAAAAUUAGAUUUUAUCAUCCCCCAAUAUUAUAAAAUCUAUAAAGUUAUUUCAGCAUGGAAAAUUUUGCAAUUGCGACAGCGCGUCGUGUUCAGGUACAAAGUCAGCUUCUAGUAGCGUCUCCAGUCAGCUGGAAGCAUUUCUAUUACAUAACAGAGCGGGUGCACGUAUAAUAUACUGCCAUCUACUGGCCACGUCAAGACGUUACCGAUUGAAGCGGACUACUGUUCUGUGUUGCACAAUAUUAAUUCCAGGGUAUUCCACGAUUUUCUAAGUGGCAUACUCAGCUACCCUAUGCCACUCAUGACCCAAUAUAAAUAUACUGUGUUCAGCAUACAUAAAAUCAUGUGCAAACUUAAAACUUUAUCAGGUUGAGUCUUUUCAAAACUGUCUGCUUCACUCCAAAUUGUAAGUGAAUAAAUUCUCUAUAACAUUCUUUGAGACACAAUAAGCAAUUUCCUGUGGCUUAUCUGACAAAGUCUGUCUAUCUCUCUGUCUGUAUGUAAAAUUGUAUGUAACUGUUUCAACCUGUCUGAGUUCCACAUUAAAACACUAGUAGGGUCUGUCUAGCUCUCAAAAACAGGUGUGUAAAUUCCACCAAGUUUUACACACCAAAAACUGAAAUAGAUUUGCUUCACUUUGUAGGCAAAUUCAUGGGCAUAUCCUAGAGCAAGUGGCAGUAAGAGCAAUGCACACCUAUGACGCGUAGACCAGGUUGUGGGGCCUACCAGCCCAACAAGCUAUCGGGGAAGCACUCACUGUGAGUGACAGGCACUGCUUGUGACUCUGCUCCCCUAUAAGGGCACAGUAACAUUAGGGCUCUCUCUUCCUGACUCCCCCUUCCUUCCCGGCCUUUCCUCGACCCCUCUCGCCAACAGUUGUGAACAUGUUUUCUAGAAGCUUCCAAAGGGUAGCUUCGAGAAACCACCCCUAAAGUAUAAAAAGACGUGAGCAUGGCCUGGUGGUCUGCAUAGAGUCAAAGGACACUCACGCGAACACACAUCAAGACAGACUUGACUCCUCACAGGAGCAGCAGCGAAGCGCAGACUUGAAAUUCUUUGAGAAGAAACGACAACGAUUCGUUUGAAGAAAAGAACCAACGAUUUUGAUCGAGAUGCCUGAGAAAGCUGGACACGUUAUGGAGGAGGAAGUGGAGACCUUUGCCUUCCAGGCUGAGAUCGCUCAGCUCAUGUCCCUCAUCAUUAACACCUUCUACUCAAACAAAGAAAUCUUCCUUCGUGAGCUCAUUUCCAACUCCUCAGAUGCCUUGGAUAAAAUUAGAUAUGAAAGCUUGACGGACCCCAGCAGACUUGAGUCUUGCAAAGAGCUGAAGAUAGAAAUCCGACCUGACCUGCAUGCUCGCACCUUGACCCUGAUUGACACGGGCAUCGGCAUGACCAAAGCUGACCUAAUUAACAACUUGGGCACCAUCGCCAAGUCCGGCACCAAAGCUUUCAUGGAGGCUCUGCAGGCAGGAGCCGACAUCUCCAUGAUUGGUCAGUUUGGCGUGGGUUUUUACUCUGCAUACUUGGUAGCUGAGAAAGUCACAGUGAUCACAAAGCACAACGAUGAUGAGCAGUACGUGUGGGAGUCUGCAGCUGGUGGUUCAUUUACAGUCCGGCCUGACAAUGGAGAGCCUCUGGGAAGAGGAACAAAAGUUAUUCUUCACCUCAAAGAAGAUCAGACAGAAUAUUGUGAGGAAAAACGCGUCAAAGAAGUAGUCAAGAAACACUCACAGUUCAUUGGCUAUCCUAUUACACUUUUUGUGGAGAAGACAAGAGAGAAGGAAGUGGACCUUGACGAGGGAGAGAAGGAAGAGGAAGUUGAGAAAGAUGCUGCAGAGAACAAGGACAAACCAAAGAUUGAGGAUGUGGGCUCAGAUGAAGAUGAAGACUCCAAGGAUGGCCAGAACAAGAGGAAGAAGAAGGUCAAGGAAAAGUACAUUGAUGCUCAAGAGCUGAACAAGACCAAGCCUAUCUGGACCCGCAACCCAGAUGACAUCACCAAUGAAGAAUACGGAGAGUUUUACAAGAGUCUCACCAACGACUGGGAGGACCACCUGGCUGUCAAGCAUUUCUCAGUGGAAGGUCAGUUGGAGUUCCGUGCUUUGCUCUUUGUACCAAGGAGAGCUGCCUUUGACCUUUUUGAAAACAAGAGAAAGAGAAACAACAUCAAGCUUUAUGUCCGGAGGGUCUUCAUUAUGGACAACUGUGAGGAGCUGAUACCAGAGUAUCUCAAUUUCAUCAAGGGUGUUGUGGACUCUGAGGAUCUACCCCUGAACAUCUCUAGAGAGAUGCUGCAGCAGAGCAAGAUCCUGAAGGUGAUCCGCAAAAACCUGGUGAAGAAGUGCCUGGAACUGUUCACAGAACUGUCUGAAGAUAAGGACAACUACAAGAAGUUCUACGAACAGUUUUCCAAGAACAUUAAGCUUGGUAUCCACGAGGACUCCCAAAAUAGAAAGAAGCUGUCCGAUUUGCUGCGCUACUACACCUCAGCCUCUGGAGAUGAGAUGGUUUCCCUCAAAGACUAUGUCUCUCGUAUGAAGGACAACCAGAAGCACAUCUACUACAUCACUGGUGAAACCAAAGAUCAAGUGGCCAACUCUGCCUUUGUGGAGCGUCUUCGCAAAGCUGGCCUAGAGGUCAUCUAUAUGAUUGAACCUAUUGAUGAGUAUUGUGUCCAGCAACUGAAGGAAUAUGAUGGAAAGAACCUGGUCUCUGUGACCAAAGAAGGCCUGGAACUUCCAGAAGAUGAAGAUGAGAAGAAGAAGCACGAGGAGCUCAAAAAUAAAUUUGAGAAUCUUUGCAAGAUUAUGAAGGACAUCCUUGACAAAAAAAUUGAAAAGGUUGUAGUUUCCAACCGCUUGGUUGCCUCUCCCUGCUGCAUCGUCACCAGCACCUAUGGAUGGACAGCCAACAUGGAGAGGAUCAUGAAGUCUCAGGCACUGAGGGACAACUCAACCAUGGGUUACAUGACAGCCAAAAAACAUCUUGAGAUUAACCCUUUGCAUCCAAUCAUUGAGACACUGAGGGAGAAGGCAGAGGCAGACAAGAAUGAUAAGGCUGUGAAGGAUCUGGUCAUCCUCCUGUUUGAGACUGCCCUGCUAUCCUCAGGUUUCACACUGGAAGACCCCCAGACUCAUGCAAAUCGCAUCUACAGAAUGAUCAAGCUUGGCCUUGGAAUUGAUGAUGAUGACUCUGCAGUUGAAGACCUCAUUCAGCCAGCUGAUGAAGACAUGCCAGUCCUAGAAGGAGAUGAUGACACAUCAAGAAUGGAAGAAGUUGACUAAAAUACUGUUCUUACCUAGUUUUUAUUUUUGUAAGUGCUAUUGCUUUCUAAAAUGACUUUUUCUUUACCUCAACUUUAUUUCUGAAAAGUGUCAACUUGACAAGUUUGUUUUUAGUAAUGCAGACCAUAAUGUCUUUUAAUCCUCAUUCUAAUAUAUUUAUUUAGACCUUUUGAGAACAUGAGUAGAGUCAAGAGGUAUUGAUUU